GCUAACUGUCAGUGUAUAUUGUAGUGUUCUGUGAGCUUCAUUUCCUUGGAUUUACGUGAUAAAUCAUUUAAACAGUUACUUUCAUCCCAGACUUAGCGGACUUAAUGAAAAGUUUUAACAAAAAUUAGGUUUAAAUGGAACUUUUUUUGAUAAUUCUCUUCAUCAAAUUCUGAUGCUGUGACAUAUGAGGUCAAGGGUUAAUGCUCAUGCAUAAACAUAGAGGUUAAACUUUUGUUUAAAAAUUAAUUCAUAAAUAUUUAUUUUAACGGAUAUUUAACAAAAAUGUAACUAAUUUUAUUAUCUUUUUGUGUUAGUUCAGCCAUCACAGUGAGCCAUGAAGGUACAGUGGAAUAUUAUGCUUAUGGAUUUACCAUUUAUUUGCGUUCUUUUGUUUUUAAAUUUUGUGGACAAAAGUUCACAAAGUCGCCAGCAAGACACAUGGGAGCAUAUAUCGAUUCGUUAUGGAUUUUGGUACCACCUACCGCAGUACGACAGAGCUGCCUUUGAUGAGGGGUAUACUAGACUUAAUGAUGUUUGCAAAACGGACAACUACCAUGGAUUUCUGUUUUCGAAGGAUGGCAAUACGAAAGUGAUGCCAAUAUAUGAUCUCAACGGUAACCUCGCAGGAAUACAAUCAGCAAUCCCAGGCAAUAUGCGAGGAUACAACUCCCUCAACGAGACGAUAGAUUUACCACCAGUAGAGAUUAUGCCCCCUGUACUGAAAGGACUUAGAGACGCUAAAGGAAUUCUAUAUUAUACAGUCACAGCUUACUUCAAACAUCCGAAACUGAUCUGUAGUCCUAUGGCCCCUAAAGGAGUCACUCCUGGUCGAGGACUUUAUAUACAAAUGGGUUUUAAUCCAGAACAUGACUUCCUGCACAUUCCGAGAGAAAAUCGACAUUUAUCUCCCCUGUGGAGACGCGGAAACUGUGUUCCAAUGAUGGGAACCCAUUACUUUAUGAACCUGUCACAAAACUUGCCCUGCGAGAAAAUCUAUCCCCUGUUCUUGAUGUACGACAUGGAGGGAAACCUCGGUGCCUUUGGAUGGGUGUUCCAGGGGCGACCAAACAACUUGUACUCAAAGGGUGGCACUGGAUGGUUUCAUUUAAUACCAGAAACGUACCCAUUCCUUUAUAAAUCCAGUAUGCUACCACCGUGUAUGUUCUACGAAAAGUUUCAAGUCUUCGGAAUACAUAUAUAUCUACAAGACCCAAAAAACCUAUUGUGUACAAUAUCGAAUGUUAAACAACGCAAGACAACAGAAAAUCCGCAACAUCACAACCCUGCACGACCACCUCCAACUUAUAUUACAGCUAUAGAAGAGGAAAAGUAUAAAAAUAUUAAUUCUGAAAACUACGCUAUAGAGGCUUUUGACUCAAAUUCAUCGUCUAGAAGUGUUAAUUUAAACAAACACCUAUUCACAUUAGUUUUAGUAUCAGUGUCUAACUUUAUAUGCUUAAAAUACGUGAUUCAAAGAUAGGAAUACUGUAGACUAAUAAAAAGAGUUUGGAGAUUAUUUAAAGUGAUAGGAGUGACUGAAGUUUUUGAGAAGGUACUGUAUAUUCAUUGAUACAGGAUGUGGGUAUAAAAAUCCAACCACUUAAAUUAAUGCCAUAAAAAUUACUUAUAGUGCCAUUAUUUGCCAGAGCUAAUAAGAAGUGUUGUUUAAACACCACACUCUUAUUUGUUAAUAAAACAAUACAGGCAGGGACCAUAGGCUUCAGUGGAAUGUACCUCAAAACAAAAACAAUUCCUCAAUGACUGGAGAAAGAUUGUUAAAAGAUUACAUAAUUAUGGUGCUUACAAUGAUGAGGAUAAUAAUUCCAGUGCUAUGUCAUUUAAGUUUAUGACACAGGAAAUUCUGUAUGAAGAUAUGACCAUGUAAUAACUGUCCCGAGUAUAUUCUAGUCAUAUGAACUGUAAUGUCAACCAAAUUAAGGCUGACUUCACGUGAAAAGCUUGCUGAACUAAGGAUGAACAAUUUCACAUUAGCUACAACCAUGGUUUGAGAACAUGGCACAGUUGGCCUAUGGAGUAUCAAAUUUAAGUUAACAGCAACCAUGGCUCAAUACUAUGGCACAGUUGACCUAUAAAUGAUCAAAUUUAAGUUAAUGGUAACCAUGGUUACAGACCAUGGCAUGUUUGACCUAUGGAUGAUCGAACUUGCAAUCAUGGUUCGAGACUAUGGUUUAACAAAUGUUCAACCCUGUCCAGACCAUAGCAUAACGUGUGCAAGAAACAAAACAGAAAAAUGUAUACUAAUAUUUGUGAAAUAAAUGAGACAUUCACUACAACAUUGUGACGUUUGCUGUAAACGGUUGUAUCUCCUUUAUUUCAUAUGAGUCACAAGUUAAAAACCAUCUUCUUAACUGACUUUUGUAUUACUAUAAUAGUUCGGAGUAUACAGACGAUGUCAAGUAUAAAAAGUGUACAGAAAGAUGUUUCUGCAUGCCUGUAAAACAGAAUGUGUGCACCCUUUGUGUAGAUAAGUGUCUUUUAUUUUUGUUACCGCCACAUUUGCACUUACGUGUGUAUGUAUAAAGUUCAAAUUGUAUGUGGAUGAAGAAUAUAAUUAUAAUGUAUGUACUUUGAUGAGAAUAGUGUAUGUGAAAUGUAUAACUGGGAUAUAUGUGUACACAGUAAAGAGAAUUAUAUGUGAGAGGAAUACAUGUUUAUGUACAUGUGUACAAAAUAAUGUUUGUAAAAUUGAGAAUAUAUGUGAAUACAUUUAUGAGAAUUAUACAUGAGAUUAUACAUGAGAAGAAUAUAUGUUGAUCAACUGCCACUUCCACAAAAUGUGAUAUCUAAUCUUGUGCUACACAGUACAUCUUUUUUAUUAUUUGUGUACCGACAUGUGUUUCUUGAAUAAAAUAUUUAAAACAGAGAA